GAAAAAAGAAGAAGAAGAAAAAAAAACAUGUGCUCAAUAUUAAAUCUAAAUAAAAAUAUCAUAAUAAUGUCGUCUUUCAUGAAUGUCCGUAUUAUCGGAUUAUUAAUACUUAUUGCGGUGGAUUAUGCUUACUCUGAUUAUGAGAACACCUGGAAUUUAUAUUAUGAGCAGCCCUGCUGUAUGGGCUACAGUAGCGGCCAUCAUCAUAUACGACAUCAUAAAGAUCAUGUCAAAGAUUUCAGUUGCGGUCCUUUGCAUUAUAAAACUUUCUAUUUUGAUGAGAACACAAAUGCACUUUAUGUCGGUGCCAUGGAUCGCAUAUUCCGUUUAAAUCUACAAAAUAUAAGCCAAUCAAUAUGUGAGCGUGAUGUUCUAAUAUUGGAGCCUUCUGGUUCGGAUAUAUUAAGCUGUGUCUCGAAAGGCAAACGUGAGAAGGUGGAAUGCCGUAAUCACAUACGUGUAAUACAACCCAUGGACACUGGGACACGUUUAUAUGUUUGUGGUACAAAUGCACACAAUCCCAAAGAUUAUGUGAUAAAUGCAAACUUAACACAUUUACCUAGAUCCGAAUACGUGCCUGGCAUUGGUUUAGGUAUUGGUAAAUGCCCUUAUGAUCCGGCUGAUAAUUCGACGGCAGUUUACGUUGAAAAAGGAAAUCCAUUUGGUCUGCCGGCUUUGUAUUCGGGUACAAAUGCUGAGUUUACAAAAGCUGAUUCGGUUAUAUUUCGUUCGGAUUUAUAUAACUUCACGUCCGGCCGUAAGGAGCAUAAUUUCAAGCGGACUGUCAAAUAUGACAGCAAAUGGUUGGAUAAACCAAAUUUUGUUGGUUCCUUUGAUAUUGGCCAGUAUGUGUAUUUCUUUUUUCGUGAACAUGCAGUCGAGUACAUUAACUGCGGUAAAGCUAUCUAUUCGCGUAUUGCACGAGUUUGCAAAAAUGAUCGCGGCGGUAAAUACAUGACAGGCCAAAAUUGGGCCACAUAUCUAAAGGCACGCAUCAAUUGCAGUAUAUCAAGCGAAUUUCCGUUUUACUUCAAUGAAAUUCAAUCUGUGUAUAAAAUGCCACAUGAUGAUACGAAAUUUUUCGCCACAUUCACGACCAACACGCAUGGCAUAAUGGGUUCAGCUGUAUGCAGUUACGAUAUACGCGACAUUAAUGCCGCCUUUGAAGGUAAAUUUAAAGAACAAGCGACUUCAAAUUCCGCUUGGCUACCGGUAUUAAAUUCGAAGGUGCCCGAACCCAGACCGGGCACAUGUGUUAACGACACCUCCGGUCUACCCGAUUCUGUAUUGAAUUUCAUACGCAAGCAUCCUUUAAUGGACAAAGCAAUAGAUCACGAGUUCGGCAAUCCGGUGUUUUACAAACGUGAUAUAAUUCUAACGAAACUAGUGGUGGACAAGAUACGCAUUGAUAAAUUGAAUCAGGAAUAUUUGGUAUAUUUCAUUGGCACCUCCACCGGCAAUAUAUAUAAAAUUGUUCAAUUUAUACGGUACGGAAGACGACAUUCCAAUUUGUUGGAUAUUCUGGAAGUGGCAUACAAUGAACCCAUACAGGAGAUGGGUAUAAGUCAGAAAACCGGUUCACUUUAUUUGGCUACUGAUCAUGUAGUAAAACAAAUUGACUUGGCCAUGUGCACCAGACGUUAUGAUUCGUGCAUACGCUGUGUGGCAGAUCCGUAUUGUGGCUGGGAUAAGGAGGCGGGCGUUUGUAAAUUAUAUCAACUGGGCUUACUGCAGGACGUUGCCAACGAAACAUCUGGUAUAUGCGAUACAAGUGUGUUAAAGAAACGUAUAACAGCUUCAUAUGGCCAAACGUUGCAUUUGUCAUGUUUCGUAAAGGUGCCGCAAGUUUUAAGGCAAAAAAUUGUCAGAUGGUAUCAUCAUUCAACGGAGAAGGGACGCUAUGAAAUCAUUUUUACACCCUCCAAGUAUAUAGAAACAUCAGAGGGUGGUCUGGUAAUUAUAUCAAUUAACGAGGGAGAUGGUGGACGUUAUGACAGUUAUCUAGAUGGUACACUGCUGUGCAGUUAUAGCGUCAACGUGGACGCACAUAGAUGCACGCCGCCCUCAAAGAAAAACGAUUAUCAGAAAAUUUACUCACACUGGUGUAAUGAGUUUGAGAAAUACAAGUCAGCCAUGAAACAAUGGCAAGCCAAACAAGAGCAAUGUAAUGUGAAAGACAAAUCAAACGGAAAACACUUAAAUGAAGUCUAUAGUAAUGAUAACAUAGUCUGACUGCAUGAUAUCAAUAUUAAUUACUAAAGACUGACAAAAUUUUGUUUUAAGCUUUUAAAAGACAAUAUUUCUUAAUUACUUAAAAA